AUGUUAAUCCCUGAACCCGUGGGAGGCAAACCACGCCCUGCCUUGCAAGCUCUCCCUCGUGAAGAAGAAGAAGAAGAAGAAGAAGAUGAGGAUGAGGAUGAUGAUGAUGAUGAUGAUGAUGAUGAUGAGGAUAAAGAAGGAGAAGGGGAAGAAGAAGGAGAAGGAGAAGAAGGAGAAGGAGAAGAGGGAGAGGCGUCAACACGGCUGGAGGUCCUCAGCCCCUCAGGUGCAGAAACAAUCAUCUCGUAG